UGUGACUGGGGUCUGUGUUUUCCGCCUCAUCGUUCCCAGAUCACGAUCAGAUGAGUCAGAGUCUGAUGAGACAUAUCGAUGAGACGAGCUAAUGAUUGACGACAGAAGACAUAAUCAGCAACAUUUCUGAGAAAACAUUUUGAAGCUGAAGUCGAACAUGAGAUCAGUCGGAGUUUCUCUUCUCUUGCUGUUUCUGCUCGUCAUUAAAUCUGAAACUUGGAAGCCAUCAGAUUAUGACAGCUCAAUCGAGCAGAAACCACACACACCACAGUUUUCAAUCCUGUUGACCCCUGAGACCACCAGCCCCCCCCACCCGACCCCGACCCCUGCAGCUGAAGAAGAAGAUAAGUUCCUGGGUUCAUCUGAGUGUCUGGAGAAGAAGUUGACUCGUGCAUCAUGUGACCUGGUGUUCUGUCCUCCGUGGGAGCGUUGCAUCGAAGGAGAGUGCUCUUGUAAAACUCCGUAUCUGUGUCCCGUUGAUGACGUGAAUACAGUUUGUGGUCGAGACCAGAGGACGUACCGCUCCUACUGCCAGGUGAUGGCGCUCUCUUGUCGGACUAAGAAAUCUAUCAUGUCGCACUUUGGUGAAAUCUGUGAAGGCACUUUCAUGACUUCGAUAGAUUCUGCCACCGGAGUCGUCAGCGUCUUGGUUCCUGACAAGAACUCCGAAGAAGGCGUUACGAAAUACCUGAUUUGUCAGAAUCUGUGGGACAUGGCGGCAGCUAACGUGGCCUGCAAAGAACACGGGAAUCCACUGGGCGCGGCGGUCGCUGACACCAUCUCUUACUCCUCCCUGACGACCGAGCAUCAGGACGAACGGUUCCCAGGCAGCUGUGUCAGCAUCCGUUGCCUUGGUUACGAGACUUCCCUGGCCGAGUGUGUCAUCCAUAACCCGGCCCAGAUCGACAACACGGCGGUCGCCAGGGCAACGUGUUACGAUGCGUCACGGGCACUGCCAGACGACUGUGGCUUCACAUGUGCAAACAGGAAGUGUGUGUUUUUGAACCAGACAUGUGAUGGAGUCGACGACUGUGGAGACAACAGUGAUGAAAUGUGCUGCAAAAGUUGCAGGAGCGGGGGGUUCCUGUGUAAGACAGGUGUGUGUAUUCAUAAAGAUUCCGUCCAUGACGAACACAUCGACUGUCUGGAUGGUGAAGACGAAUCAAUCAGACACAAACCUGAGAACAACAUGGGGGGGACGCGGAGUCUCUCAAGAAGCUCAGGUACAUCGAGGGCAGUAUUCAUCUCUCCUAAAACAGAGAUCAGAGUCAGUCGAUUACAACUGGAGUCAAAGCUCAAGUGUGGGAUUCCCAACGCGACCACGGUGGACGAUGAGAUUGUGGAGGAGAGAGGGCGGAGCCAACGCGUCAAGAGAGUGGUGGGAGGAGUCCCGGCAAAACCGACUCAGAUCCAGUGGCAGAUCGCUCUGGAGGAGAACAAGAAGAUCGACUGUGGCGGGGCGUACAUCGGGGGCUGCUGGGUACUCACUGCUGCUCACUGCGUCAGACCCAACCCGGUUCCAUUCAAAGUCAAGUUUUCUCUCUGGAGGAAAUGGUCGGCUCAGGACACGACGGACAUUGUUCCGGUUGAAGAUAUACGCAUCCACCCCAAGUACAACGCCGCAACGUACGAGAACGACAUUGCUCUGGUGAAGCUGGAGAAGCUUCCGUUCAAGGACAAAUGUUUUGAGGACAAUCCGGCCAUCAGCGCUGUCUGUGUCCCCUGGUCCACACAGCUUUUCCAGGCCAACCACACUUGCAGCAUCUCGGGAUGGGGACGAACUAUAGAUGGUCGAGCAGCUCAGGUGUUGCUCUGGGCCAACGUGUCGCUCAUCGACAACUGUCAGAGAUUCUACAAAGACCGAUUCCGACCAGGAAUGAUGUGUGCAGGUGAGUGUGGACUCAUCGGUGACCUGAGAGCACUAACACGGUUUAUAAUGGUGUGUGUGUGA